AACCACUUCUGAUAGUUAUUUAUUACUUGAUUUAUGAAGUUUAUUCAUCUUGUUGGUUACUUUGUAAAAGAAGCUUUUAUUUUGAAGAUACGGGAAGUAAUGUGUCCGACGCUUAAAAUAAUCCGGCUAAAACUCCUCUCUCGCGGUGUGUAAAGAGUGUUUAAACUACACUUUCUAUCAUUUCAUUAAAACAAAUAAAGUACAAUUAUGCAAUGAAAGCAUUACUCUUUUAAUGUGUACCCGUGUGUUACAUUAACAAACUACUUCUCAUUAUUAAUAAAUUAAUGCAUUACUUGUAUUCUGUUUGGUUUCGCUGUAUUGCUGCUUUUAUUUUGAAGAUACAGGAAGUCAUGUGUCCGACGCUUAAAUGCAUCCGUGUAAAACCUUCGCUCGCAGAUCAUAAACAAACUAAAAGAUUAUAAAAAGAAGUAACUGAGUUUACUCACUUUUAAACGGCUGUAGUGGUUUAAAUAUACGAAUUCACAAAAUAUUAUUUAACUGGAUGAAUAUUUAAAGGCGCCCUUGUUGGAGAAAGUGUAUAAAAUGGAUGCGGGAGGCUCAAAGACAAUGCGAACCAGGGAACUCCCGCCUCUUCCUCAGCGAGGACAGCGAACUCUUCCCACGACGCCGAGUCAAGACGCAGCCGGAGAAGUUCUGAAACCGAAGAAGAAGAGGGUGAGGAAGGAGGCGAGCGGAGGAGACGACCUGAGCGAUCAUGGGAUGGCAAUGGGAGGCCUCGGCGGCCAGAGGGAGUCGGAUAUCGGAGAGCAGCUGUCCCUCGAACCCGGAACGGAGGCACCGCCUCAGAGGAGGAGGAGGAAAAAGAAAGCAGCCACUUUAGUUUCAGAUCUGGACGACGACCAGGCCGACCUGGUGAACGGAGGCGCGGCGGAUCAGACCACCGACGGAGAAGAAGUGGUCAAGAAAGCCAAAAGGAAAAAGAAGUCAAAAGUUGUUGAAUCGCAGCUUCCCAACAACGAGCUGGACGUGGAAGAGGACGACAUCACCGACGGCCCUCCUCCCGCGAUCCCCCAGCACUCCCUGUUCUCGGCCCCGCUGGGUCAGAGCCAGCCGGUGGGGAAAGUCUUCGUGGAGAGGAAGAAAGGUUUCCAGGCCGCCGAGCGCUCCGACUGGAGGAAGACCAGCGACCAGGCGGACAGCGCGGCGGCCGACUUCCAGCACAUGAGGCCGCUCUGGACCACCAGGGACGUGUCGCUCAGAGUGCACGAGGGCUUCAGGGUGUUGGGUCUGUGUUGCCACGGCGCCCUGGCGGGCUGCGCCAUGUGGAACAUGGUGGUGGUGUACAUGCUGGCCGGGCAGCAGCUCACCGCUCUGUCCAACCUGCUGGAGCAGUACCACCGCCUGGCGUACCCCGCCCAGAGCCUGCUCUACAUGCUGCUCGCCGUCAGCACGGUGGCCGCCUUCGACAGAGUGAACUUGGCCAAAAGCUCCACGGCUCUCCAAGAGCUCCUCACACUGAACCCCGUCGCCCUCGCCUCCUUCUUGUAUUUCUCGGCGCUCGUCCUCUCUCUGAGCCAGCAGAUGACCAGCGAUCGGAUCCACCUUUACCCAGACCGCAACGCCACGUUAUGGCCCCCAGGGUCGGAGCACCAGAUUCUGCACCCGUGGGUGACGGUGAACCUGGUGGUGGCGGUGCUGGUGGGGCUGGCCUGGAUCUUCAUCUCCACCCGACCAGAGACGGACUUCACUCACGAGUAUCUGGAGUCCAUGAGGCUGGAACCUCUGAAGCCAGAGGACCAAUCAGAGAUGACCGCCUGAGGAAAAAACAACUGGACAGCUUCAUGUCAUUUUGCACAUAUCUUUGUGACCUCUGAAUGUAUUUUAGAUUAUUUUUGUAUUUUGGAAACGUGAACGUGCUCGUCUCUUUAUAAAUAUUUAUCCAACAAA